UGCCUGGAGUGAGAAAUAUUUAUCUUCUUUCUUUAUCCUGCUGGGUGGAGUUACGUCUUGGUUCUUUGUCAAUAGUAGAACAAUGCAGCAAUGCAGAGGGCACACAACCCACAAUUAAUCUCUGGGAAUAUUUGCACAGCUCAUAUGACCUGUCUUUUAACCUAAGACUUUGGGACUAGUUUAUAAAAUUUGCCAGUGUAAUUCACAGCACUAAACGUGCAAAGUAGCUUUUGAACUUCAUAGAAACUUACCAGGAAGACCCUGUGAGAUGAGAUCAAUGUUUUGAGCUUAGCCUUGGACUUUAGGAAGUUUUGAAGCACUUUCUCCAGGUACACUUCGAUUUUUUUGCUUCGGUGGAAUAGAUCAAUCAAAGGAUGAAUUGUUUUGUAAGGUUCUCCAUACAAUCUAUCCUUAUUGGUCUCAACACUCUAAAGAUAUUUUGUUGCCCCGAUGUUUGCUCCUGUUUCGGUGGAAAGGUGGACUGCUAUGGCAAAGGACUACACUCUGUUCCUGAAGAUAUAGAUGAAGACCCUCACACCAUGUUACUGGCCUAUAACAAAAUCACUGGUCUUAAGACCUUGUCAUUUUUCAAAUACCCAAACUUGAAACACCUUGAGCUUCACAACAAUUUGAUAUUUACUAUUCACCACCAGGCUUUCCAAAACCUGAACAACCUUACCCACUUGGAUCUAAGCAGCAACCAACUGAUGGUUCUAAGACCUGAGGUUUUUCAGCCAUUGUCCAGUCUAACAACUUUAAAUUUGGGCAACAACCGAAUUGUAUGGCUGCCUGGGAAUGUGCUGGAGUCUCUGACAAACCUGCGAGUCCUUCAUCUGCAUACUAAUGCCCUAACAAGCUUGAGAGUAGAAAUUCUGUACACGUUACCAUCUCUUGUGGAACUGAGGUUGGAUGGGAAUCCUUGGGCUUGCACUUGUCAGAUACAAUAUCUUCUGUUCUGGAUGAUAGAGCAUUCUGAGAAAAUUUACGAAAAGCAACAGAUAUUAUGUGGCGUUCCAAAAUACCUGAACCAGUACCCGAUGUUGCAGAUUGAACCCAGAUCCUUUGACCAUUGCCAGGACUUCUUUACGCUCUAUGAAUAUCUCUAUUUCCUGUUAAUUGGCAUUGCUUUGUUUACUGCCAGUAUCCUGCUGUGUCUCCUCACAGGGAUGACUGUUGUCUUCUACAAUCGUCAAUUACUGCAAGUACAGCACCGUCCGCAUACCUACAAAAGGAAAGCUGUCAGGAAACAGGAGGAUGUCACCAACGGUAACCACCUACCAGUGUGCUGAAUCCAGAGGAGUCAGUGUCAUCUCAUCAAAUUGUAUCCAGAAAUAUAAACUAUAUUGUUCCUCUUCCUCUAAUAAAAGUGAGGAGAAUCCCCCUCACUUCCUGUUCUGUCACUUCCAUCAAAUAGACAGAAAGCAGUAAGAUUUUCUGUUCCUUCCAUUCCUGCCUUAGGACUUUUUCACAGAAACUAAGUUGAGAUGCAUUGAUCUGCAAAAAUUAUACCCUGUUUACACCGCAAUACUUCCAUGAGGUGCGUUGCAGAAAUGCAUUUUUACGCAAGGUAAAUCACCACAACACGUCAAAACGCGACGUGGUGCAUAGAGUUGAAUAAGUGAAUCAUUUCGUAAAACUUUGAUAAGGUUAAAAGAAAAAAGUAAACAGUGCCUUCCUGAACCAUACAAGAUCACAAGAUGAGGUGGAGUAGCCAUGGCAGGGGAGACUCUUUCGACAAAGUACCCGGUCCCCCCCAUGUUGAUCGAAUCAAGGGUCUCUUCCACAAACCAAGCCUGGUGGGGGACUGCAAGCAGGGGUCUUAUUGGAAUCUGGAAUCCCCCUUUAAAAAAAGGGGACCCGCAGAUACCCCCCCCCCCCCCAAAGUACCCCUACACAUUGAGAAAAGUGUAAUCUAGAAAUAAAGACACCCAAACACUAGACAAGUCCUUUAUUAACACCUUUCCGGGGGCUUUACUAUUCUGAAUGGACGUCAUAUGACGUCCUUCGGAAUGGGCCGGUCGUGCGUGGCAAUCACAGAUCUCGGUAAAGAGCCUGUGACGUAGGCUCUUUACCAUGUGACCAGCUGUGUGCAAUCACAGCUGAUCACAGUCGGAUUUCCUCUCCUCAUACUGACAGCGUGUGAUGAAAGGAAGCGCACAUCAGUGAAGGUGAAAAAUUACUUAUUUACAACAUUUUAUAACAGAAACUAAAAAAAACU